AUGACAACUGAUGUUUUGAUUAUUGGUGCAGGUUUAUCUGGUUUAGAAGCUGCUCGUCUAUUGCAUCAAAACAACAUUGGAACAAUUGUUUUAGAAGGUCGUGAUCGCAUCGGUGGUCGAAUCUGGUCUGUCAAAUCAAAGAAUGAUCAUGUUUUUGAUCUAGGAGCUGCAUGGAUUCAUGGUAUCAAUGGAUCAAUUCCUGGUGGUCUGCUGACUAACCCAUUGUGGGAUCUAGUACAACAGACUAAGAUUGAAACACGAGGCACAUUACAAAACAAUUUACAGAUCUUUUAUCCAACUAACGAGACCAAUUUCGAUGUUCAAACUUGGUACGGGGAGUAUUUGUUGUAUGUUCGUGAAAGAAUCAGAUUACCAGAAUCCAAUGCAACACUAAAAUAUUACGCUAAUGCAUUUGUAAACUUGAAAAACUUUACUGAACAUCAGAAACAAGCCUUUUAUAGUUAUUUACAUUUUGCUAUCGAAAGUUAUGAGGGAGCUGAACUUGAUGUCAUUGGUGGAAAGGGUUUCUUUGACAUUACUUCGAUUCAUUACGGUGAAGAACACGUAUUUCAUAGAACAGGAUAUGUGUCACUCAUUGAAUAUUUAGCUAAAGAUGUAAAGGACAUUCGACUUCAACAAAUUGUAACAAAAAUUAGUUACGGUGCAGAUUUGGCAGAAGUUCAAACAGCAAAUGGACAAACAUAUCAGGCAAAGUUUGUUCUUGUGACAGUGCCACUGGGAGUAUUAAAAGGAAGAUCAAUAGAUUUUAGUCCUUCACUACCACAAUGGAAAAUGGAUGCUAUCGAUCGUCUAGGUUUUGGAAUAUUAGAUAAGGCUGUAUUGCUGUGGAAUAAAGCCUGGUGGAAUUCAACUGACUAUUAUUUUUUGAGAGUUUCAGCAAAGCCAACUGAAUUUGGCUAUUGGGUUAAUGCAAAUAAAUGGAAUGACAAGCCGGCUAUUAUAUGUUAUUUUGUUGGCAAAGAAGCUUAUCGACUCGAAACUACCGUGAACAAGUCCGAAGUAAUUGAACAAGUUCGACAAACAUUACAAGAUAUGUUUCCUGAUCGAAUUGUUCCUACACCAAUUGAUAGUCUCAUGACUUACUGGAAACUAGAUCCUUUUUCUAAUGGUUCUUACUCUUACGUCUCAGUAAACCAGCGAUACGAAGAUCCUUCAUAUUUGGCUCAACCAAUUCAAAACCAACUGUUAUUUGCUGGCGAAGCUACAAGUACAGAUUCUUAUGGUUAUGCUCAUGGUGCUCUCAUGAGUGCUCGAAGAGAAGUAACUAGAUUACUAUACGUCUAUAAUUUGCUGCAAAAUCCAACUCCAUCUAGUUUCGCCAUGUUUAGUCCGGAUCCUUCCAUGAUUGUCCUCAUUGCAGUCUUGACCUGUUUGAAAUACUUAUAA